CUCCUCCGUCCCUCCUCACUCACCGCCUCCGUCUCUCCCCCAAUUUUUUAUAUGUCUUCGGUUAUGGCUACCAGCAGAAAUCAUUCUUCAGGCGAAAACAUAGAUCGAUUUAUUCCGAACAGGUCGGCCAUGGAUUUCGGGUUUGCUCACUGCAUGCUAACCCAGUCAAACCAAUUGGGCAAAAAGGAUUUUGCAUGGUCGUGGUUACCGAAUCCUCUGAGUCGAGAAAGUUAUAAGGAAAAAUUGGCUGAGGCCCUUGGAGUGAACCACACCAGAAUACUAGCCUUCAAGAACAAGCCAAAGCAUGAGUCUCUUUCUGCAACUCUUGAAAGCACAUCCUCCAAGCUCUUGCGAGAUAUUCCUCAGAGACCCUGCCAUAUGUUGAAGGCUCUUGGUCUCAGAGACGAUUCGUCUUUGAAUUUAAUGGACUGGAGUAACAGCAACGUCUUUUGCAUUGCCCUUGAGCAUACAAUAUGCCUAUGGAAUCCCUUAGAUGACUCUUUCUCAGAAGUCGUCACUUUCAAUGAUGAAGAUGGUCCAGUUACAAGCAUUAGCUGGGCUCCUGAUGGACGGCGAUUAGCAAUUGGUUUGUUCAAUUCUCGUGUACAGCUAUGGGAUACUACGACAACUAAGCGGCUAAGAACAUUCAAACACGGACGCCAAGGUCAAGUAGGUUCACUAGCUUGGAACGAUCAUCUUCUCACAACCGGAGGAGCAGAUACACAAAUCAUAAACAACGAUGUUCGAAUCAAAUCUCAUGUUGUUGCAACCUAUGAGGGACAUUCUGGGGAGAUAACUGGAUUGAAAUGGGCUGAUUCAGGGGAACGAUUAGCCAGUGGUGGGAAAGAUAGAUUAAUUCACAUAUGGGACAGGUCCAUGGCAUCUUCGAAAUCGUCCACCCACCAAAUCCAAUGGCUUCACAAGCUUGCAGGUCACAGAGGGAGAGUGAACGCACUAGCUUGGUGUCCGUUCCGACUAAACCUACUCGCUUCCGGUGGUGGAGGUGAUAACCACGAUAAGUGCAUCAACUUCUGGAACACUUGCACUGGUACGAGCGUCAACUCUAUAGACACAGGUUCACAAGUGAGUGCUUUGCUGUGGAAUAAGAAGGAACACGAAUUGCUGAGUUCGCAUGGAUCUCCCCAUAACCAGCUCAUACUUUGGAAGUACCCUUGUAUGAUGAAGAUGGCUGAGCUCACUGGUCAUGUGUCUGGUGUGCUAUCCAUGGCUGAGAACCCUAAUGGGUGUACUGUGGCAUCAGCAGCCGCGGAUGGGACGGUGCGUUUAUGGGAUAUCUUUGGAAACUCAAGAGCGGCUAAACCAAUGCGAAAGAUUAAGACAAGCCCUCAUGAAGAGCCUUUUGCUGCUAAUUAUUUCAACCGCAUCCGUUGA